GGUUCGCGCCCUACGUUCGCUCGCGCGUAUUUAUCAAAAUCUGGAUAAUGAACCGAAAUCGGUGGCGAACUCUAAAUAAUAAUAAUAUUACUUAAAAGUAAUCAAAUAGACAGCUCAAUCAAAUCGUCAUUAGCUUUCGUACAGCGAACACAUCGUGUAAAGUAAAUAUCGUACUGUUAAUAUAAAUUCGAAAAACAAAAAAGCAAAUCUGCGAUACGGGCCGGUUUAGUUCCUUGGCCAGGUAUUGAGUUAAAAAAAGAAAUAAAAAAUGUGCGUUCCAAUAAUCCAGUAUGCAUAACUCUUGAUUUUUUAAUUCUGAACACUCAAACAUUUUUAUAGAGAACAUAUUUUAUGGGUGUGUGUUAAAUAUCCCAAACUUUCAAAGCCGUCAGUCGAGACAGAAAGUGACAGUUGUGUGCUAGAAAAGUGAUCCUAAAUAACAUAUCUACUAUAGAAAGGCAUUCAUAAUAUACGAUUAACGAGAACAUAAUGGCGAAUAUUUUGACGAUACUGACUAUAUUGGCGGUUCAUCUGGUGCAAUGUAAGGUGGAGAAAGUAAGCGAUUCAAGUAAGGAAGAUCCUGCAUCGGCAGUUUAUAAGCCAUCAUGGAUGUACAAGUGCGUACCUAAUGAGGGUUGCCAGCGGACGGGCCACCCGCAACCUAUGAGCAGUGGAGAGACCAACUCUACAUCGCAGCUGUACGAUAGUGUUAAGUUAUGUAGAACAGUUUGCGGACGAUUUGGAGGCCUAUGGCCCAAACCAGUUUCUGCUACCCUGAAUUCUCAAACUGUGAAGAUACAUCCUCAAUAUCUCAGAUAUGACCUCGUCGACGUGCCAGUGGAAACCAGAGAGAUCUUAGCGCAGAUGACAAAAGUAACGAGUGGCAAUAUUCUAGCUGAGUGUGGUGGUAACGUGACGGAGGUUGUGACUACACCUGUGGUGGUAUAUCUCACUGUCAAGAGUAAGGUGAUUGAUCUCACCUGGGAUACAGAUGAGGAAUAUUUCCUCGACGUACAAACCAAAGAUGGAACCGUGGUUGUUAAACUUAAUGCUGAAACUGUAUAUGGAGCUCGCCAUGCCUUGGAAUCCUUCACACAACUCAUAUCAGCAGACAAGCCUGAUUAUUCCGACUCAGAAAUAUGUGGGCUACGUCUAAUUUCUGGAGCUAAGAUCAGGGAUCGACCAGUUUAUAGACAUAGAGGUUUUGUUCUGGAUACGUCUCGUCAUUUCAUACCAAUGAAGGACAUCAUGAGAACUAUAGACGGGAUGGCAGCAACUAAGAUGAACGUUUUUCAUUGGCAUGCCACUGAUUCUCAUAGUUUUCCUUUGGAGUCCAGUCGAGUGCCGCAAUUGACAAGGUACGGCGCAUAUUCACCAUCUGAAAUAUAUACAGUGGAGGAAGUGAGACGGCUAAUCAAAUAUGCCCAAAUACGUGGUAUCCGUGUUGUCAUAGAAAUAGACGCUCCUGCACAUUCUGGCAACGGCUGGCAAUGGGGCAAGGAUUACGGGUUUGGUGAUCUGGCAGUCUGCGUCAACUCCGAGCCCUGGCGUCGUCUAUGUAUACAGCCGCCUUGUGGUCAAUUGAAUCCGGCCAACCCCGUUUUAUACCGGGUACUGCGGUCCUUGUAUAAAGACAUAGCUGAAGUACUUCCUAAGCCAUCAUUGUUCCAUAUGGGAGGAGAUGAGGUUUUCUUCGGCUGUUGGAAUUCUAGUCAAGAUAUUGUUUCUUAUAUGGCUAACAAGGGGUUCGAGACCAAUACAGAAGGCUUUAUGAGGUUGUGGGCAGAAUUUCAAGCUAAGGCUCUACAGUUGUGGGACGAGGUACUACUAGAUGAAGGCAUCGAACAAAACCAACCUGUUAUGAUUUGGUCUUCGGAAUUGACUCAGGCACAUCGCAUUAAGAAAUACUUGAACAAAGACAGAUACGUAGUAGAAGUUUGGGAGCCAGUGAAUAGUUCGCUCCUGAAUCAACUACUGCAGCUCGGGUACCGGGUGGUGUCUGUACCUAAAGAUAUAUGGUACCUUGACCAUGGCUUCUGGGGGAACACCAAAUAUUCCAACUGGCGACGUAUGUACUCCUACGCACUGCCGAAAGACCCCAACGUUUUGGGCGGCGAGAUAGCCAUGUGGACUGAAUACGUGGACAAUGGAGUUUUAGAUACCCGCGUGUGGCCGCGCACGGCGGCAGCAGCGGAGCGGCUGUGGUCGGAUCCAUCGUCGGGUGCGCAGGCGGCCGAGGCGAGGCUGCAGAGGCUGCGCGCGCGGCUUCUGUCUCGCGGACUACGCCCCGACGCGCUCGCGCCCGCCUGGUGCGAGCAGCACGACGCGCGCUGCAUCUGAUGCGCCGUGAAACUACCCACCACGUGCCGGUACUGAGGGCGACAGUAAUCAGUUACCAUCAGGCGAUCCGCAGACCAGUUUAGGUAAAACGAUAAGCUGUAAAAA